AUUCAGUUUUUCCCUCUUUUUUCGGCGUCUUUUCAACGAACAACAUGUCUGGCGGAGGUCAUCGAUCCAAUCAUCUCCAUUUGGUGUCCGAUCCCGAUCCUCCCCAAGAAUUUGUAGUGGAGAAGAUCGUGGGCAAGCGCUUCGUCGGUGGGCGUCCCCAUGUCCUGGUAAAAUGGGUUGGCUUUUCCGACAGGGACAACUCCUGGGAGCCAUUGGAAAACGUUGGCAACUGCAUGGGCCUUGUCUCGGAUUUCGAAGCGGAGCUCUUCAGACGGCACAAUGCGCAGGACAUCCUGGUCGGCCUCGAAAAGGACUCGAUAUUAAGUCCCAGCACCAGUGCUUCCCGGACAUCAACAAAAAACCCCAAACAAGUCAGGAAUACGCAAAAGUCAAAGAAGGUUAAGGAUUUACCGAAGAAAGGCAGGCCAGCAGUGGGCAAAGUGGCUGGUCCAAAACAAAGUAUUAAGAAUCUACCCAAAACUUAUAAGGAGAGUCCCAGUCCGAGCUGUGCUAGCAAUGUUUCUGGGGAAACUUUCAACCGCAAACCACCUGGUUCGCCCAAGCACAUGGUAAAAAACCCCAUUCAAUUCGAGCAUUCUAGAGUCCUCCGCUUAAGCGAAUCCAGUGACGAUGACACACCAUUAGCAGUAGUAUUACAGCACGAACGGGCACCCAAACAAGAAACCCCAGGUCGAUUGGUGCCUGCUUUCCAGAAACUCGUUAUGCCACCACCAAGUGCCAGUGUUCCACCGCAACAAUCUAAAGAUACAGAGCCACUUCAGAAUGAUAUCAUAGAAUGCGAUUCGGAUACGUCCUCCAGCUCUUCGGAGACCUCAAGCACAUCAAGUUCGAGCUCCUCCUCAUCGUCUUCGUCCUCCGGAAGCGAUGAAAAUAACCAAUCUCUGGACACAAUAAGGGAGCAGGCUCGCAAGUGGGAAGCCGAAAAGCGUGUGGUCAAAUUUGGCGGUUUAAUGGAUGACCAAAUGGCCAAAUCCCUUGGCCCACCGAAAUUAAUAACAGCCGACGACGAUGAUCCCAUUGAUUCAGAGCUACAGCGCAUACACGGCAAUCUUGCCCAGCAGCCGAGCAACUGGAACUUCCCCGAGCCAGUGAUGCAGCCGCCAGAAAAGUCAAUAAAAUCCAGCCAACCAAUGAUGCGCCGCAAGAGUCAGGCUGUGUGUAACAAGGAGGUGGCCAAACUGCAGCAGAUAACCGAUGCCCAGACACCCGGCUGCUCCAAGAUCAUCAAGACGGAGCCGCUAGGUUCGCCGGAGGAGCUGCAGGCUAGCGGCAAACGGCCCUCUGCCAGCGAAAGCCUCAAGUCCGAAAAGUAUUUCGGGGACUGGAGAGUGCCGGAGCGCAAGGCACCCUUCGGAUUGGCCCGUGGUCUGGAGCUGGAAAAAGUACACCACAGUUUUCAGGUGCACGACAAGUUCUUUCUGUUCGUCACCUGGAAGGGCUGCACUAUUAUGGAUGCUGUACUCAUAGAAGACAUCAAGAAUUUAUACCCAAUGCAUUUGAUCGAAUACUUUGAGAGCCUGAAGAUCGUCGGCGACGAAGUAGUUGCUCCCAACUAAGCCAAAAGAUGUCUAGUACCUACCUGGUUUGUACAACUGUUUGACCAGAAGCCGGCAUUCUCAUCGUAAAACAUAAUCACAUGCAAGUUCAGGGUCAUGACAUAUUAACUGGAAUGAACUCAAACGAGAUUAGUAACUAUAUUUUGUUUUUUAUAUCUUAUUUUUUCAUCUAAACUACUUCAUUAUCUAUGUUAAGCUUAGAAGCUAGAACUUAAGCUGAAAAGAUUUAUGUUUUCCAUACAUGUUAAAAAAUGUACCUAUCUAUGGUAUUAGUUUAACCGUAACACGAUACUCAACCUAAUGUCCAAUGAAAUCUUUGACAUCUGA